AUGAUAGAUAAGGACACUAUACACAGCUUUACCCUCCUAAUUAUACGUUUUUUUUUUCUUUUUUUUUUUUCAAAUUUUACUGAGUAUGAUGUGGCAACUUGGGAACGGGAGGCUGACGAGGGCAAGGUGAGUGAAAACGGGAAUACUGAUGAAAAGGAGGUGACAGAAAGAGCCUCUGAGGAUGAUGGGUUUGUUUCUAAGAAGGUUCCUGAUGUUUUUCGUGUGGAUGAUGCCACUGUACCAUCCGUUGCUAGAGAAAAUCAUUUGAAUGGUACAGGCAUUGACGAGAAAGGAAAUUUAGAUGCGGAAAAUGGUCCGGAAGGCCAAAAUGGCAUGAUGAAGUCUGUUGUUGGAUUUGAUUUGCAACAAGACGGCGAGGAUGAUGAUUUUGCUGAUCCACAGGACGCAAUGAGUGUUAGGAGCGUUGGUGAAAGUGAGUGUGUUGAUGGAGCCGAACGGUCCCUAAAUUUGAGCACACCAUUAGCUGAGUUCUAUGAUGCUUGGGAAGAAUUAUCAUCAGAGAGCGGCCCUCAGCUUAAGAUUCCCGAUAUCGAGAGUGAGUUGCGUGAAAUAAGGCUAAGUUUAUUGAUGGAGAUAGAAAAGAGGAAACAAGCUGAAGAGACCUUAUGUAAUAUGCGAAACCAGUGGCAGAAGAUCCGUGAAAAAUUAUCUCUUCUGGGUUUGACACUCCCUGAAGAUCUAACAACUUGUUUGCUAGAGGGAGAACAACAUGCCGAUCCUGCUGAGGAGAUCUGGCAACAAGUCUAUAUUGCCCGGUUUGUUGCUAACUCAAUUGGGAAGGGAAUCGCAAAGGCUGAGGCUGAAAUGGAGAUGGAAGCUCAGAUAAAGUUGAAGAACUUUGAAGUAGCUCGUUUGUGGGAUAGGCAUUGUUAUUAUAAAGCCGUGAACCAAGAGAUGUCCCAGAGGAACCAAGAAGUUGUAGAGGAGACGAGGCGACUUAGGCAAAUAAGGAAGAGAAGACAGAAAUGGAUUUGGGGUUCUAUUGCCACUGCAGUUACACUUGGUUCUGCUGUCUUUGCCUACUCUUAUUUACACAGUGGAAAAACAUCCGAAAUCCCGUUGCAUACAACUGUGUCAGACAAUUCUGUGACAUAG